CGAUAUUAAUAACAACAAUAAGCAGGAAAGCAUAUUUAUUUACAAAACUGCAUAUUUGUUUAACGUGUUCGGUUGGCGCUUUAUGCGAAUUGAUGCCAAAUACAGAACAACAACAAAAAUAGCAGCAGCAGCAAAAACAACAAGAAUUAUGCGUGAUUGAAUAAAAGUGUUGAACGCCGUAAUGCUGAUUCGUUAAAAACAAAUAACAACAAUAACAGCAACAGCAACAGCAGCAGUAGUAACCAGCAAAUAGAUUCAAUUUUAAUUGAAAUUUAUUUAUCAACGCCGAGCUAAGGCCGUCGUUUCGAAUGGGAACGAUACAUACCUAUACUGCCAAAGAAAUGUCACAGUGAAGCUUCCAGUUAGCGCCGUAAUUUCCCCUCUGAUAGAAUCGUUUAAUUAACUCAACUCGAAGAUGGGCUCGUGUCUGAAUUGAUGGACAAGAGGCGAAGCAGAAAAGACAAAUAGAACACAUGAAAUGUGGCAAAUUUAAAGCCAUAAAUAUAUAGAUAUUAAUUGACAGCAAUAAAUGUGCAGAAUACAAUUGAAUCGACGGAGGCAAGCGAUCAAUCGUCGACAGCAGCUAAAGAGGAACGGAACGGAUCGUAGAUCGAAGCGCAAAAAUGGAAGACGAAACGAAUUUGGACUUGAACAAUGAGAAGAAAGUGCUGUGCGAGAAGAUCAUCAGGGACAUAAACGCUGUAUUUCUCAAGGAUGCCGAUUUAUCCUCAUUUGAGAUCAUACCCAAGGAAACGAACUGCAACAAGUCGCCCGUGGUGCACGUGGAUCAUAACUUGGGCUUGGAAUCGUGGUGCGCUCAGCAUGUGUAUGAUCAUGCGCAUCGCAUCCUCAUCGCGCAUCGCAAGCAAACGAUGCAACAGCAACUGCGCGCACUGCAGCAGCAACAGCAGAGCGAUUCGCUGGCCAAGUAUUUGAAUGUGGCCCUAUUGAUCAAUCCAGAUGUGACCACCUUUUGGCACAUACGCCGCCAGCUGGUGCAAAAGAAUCGCCUAAGCAUCAACAAGGAGCUGCAAUUCUCAGCGCUCGUGCUGUCCAUCAAGCCAAAGUCAAACGAGGCCUUUGCCUAUCGUCGGUGGCUCUACUCUUUUCAAAGCGCCGAUGCCAUCGACUGGCCACAUGAGAUUAGCAUUUGCGAACGUGCCGCCGAUCGCUGUGCGAGCAAUUAUCAUGCCUGGUCGCAUCGUCAGUGGGUGCUGCAGAAUGCCCCGCCCUGUCUGCUGCAGUCGGAGCUAAUGCGAACGGAAAAGUUCAUACGCAAGCAUAUAACCGACUACAGCAGCUAUCAUUAUCGCCAGCUGCUGCUCAGUCGGGCGUACGAGCAGUGCUUCUACAUGCCAGACGAAUCGCAGCCACCGUGGAGCAGCUUGCGUGAGCUACUCGAACAUUAUGAGCUGGCAGUGGCAGCGCCAGCAAAUGCUGAUUGCGAUGCAGCUGCAGAGCCAUUGCUGCAGCUGUUGUUGCCUAAUCUGAAUCGCAAUGGAGUCAGCGCUCAGCGACUUCGCUCCUUUCUCUAUUGCUGCAAUGUGGCUGCCAGCGAUAUGCGUUUGUGUGCGGAGCAGCGGCAGUUGUAUGGAGCGCACGAUUGCUUUGAGCUGCAUCGACGCGCCUCGCUCAAGUUCAUAGUGGAGCAGUGUCUACGCCUGUUGGCGGGCCUUGCCAACGGUCCCGGCUUUUAUCUGGCCCCCAACAGCAUGAGCCAAACGAACGAGCUGCGCAAAUUUGAUUGUGAAUCGCAUCCAUUUCUCGCCGCAGUGCGUCGUGUCGAGUUCCAAUUGGGCGACAAGCACAAGCAUUGGUGUAAAAUGCAUCUCAAUUUCGCUAAUCAGGACUAAGUGCAGAUUCUGAUUGAAUUGUUCAAUUGUUAUUUGUCAAAAUGUGCCGUAUAUGCAAUGCACUCAUGGAGGCUGUUUCGUUCUCUCAGCCAGAAUCGAAAAGAAUUAUGUAAACAUUUAUAUAACAUAUAUAGAGAUAUAUAUAUAUACACUUAUAUAUAUUUAUAUAGCUUAUGUAUAGAGACAAUGUAGUGCUCGUUAUGUAGCGUCUACGAAUGUGGACCACCUGAACCUUCCCCUCCCUCAAUAGAAUAUCUUGUCUACUUGUUAAGGGUCAGCUCAAAGCGAAACAUUUAUUAAAUAUCUCUAUUCCAAAGUGAACAACA